AUGGCUGCAACAUGUGACCCCUCCACCACUGAGGAGGAGGAGGAUCUCAGUUUUUUAAAGGAGAGCUCUGUGUCUCUGAGCUGUGAGGAGGACGACAGCUCUGCUGGAUGGAGGCUGAGGAGGAACACAACCAGAGACACCAGAGCUGAGUGUGAUGACUGGGGAAGAUCAGCUGGUUCUUCCUGUAGCAUCAGCUUCAUCCUCCCAUUGGACAGUGGAGUUUACUGGUGUGAGUCCAGAGAGGGAGCAACCAGUAACAUCAUCAGCAUCACUGUCACUGGUGGAUCAGUGAUCCUGCAGAGUCCUGUCCUCCCUGUGAUGGAGGGACAUGAUGUCACUCUGCACUGUAAAACAAAGACCACUCCCUCCAACCUCCCAGCUGCUUUCUAUAAAGAUGGCUCCCUCAUCAGGACUGAGCCUACAGGUCACAUGACCAUCCACCAUGUUACCAAGUCUGAUGAAGGCCUCUACAAGUGUAACAUCAGCAGUGAUGGAGAGUCUCCACCCAGCUGGCUGUUAGUCGAAGAAAAACUGACGACCACAGCCCCACCCACCUCUGAGGCCACGCCCCCUACGUCAGGCCACCUCCACCUUGAGUUCAUGUUGCUCCGCUACCUGGCGGUGUUCUGUCCGUACUUCAUCUCCACUGUCCUCAUGGUGUCUUUAUAUCGACACAGACCCACAGACAAUGGCCCAUCCAUCUCCAUGGCAACAACCUUGUCCAAUCAAGCCCAGCAGGGAUUGGCUGAGGACUAUGAUGAAGUAGCAGCGGUCAGCACCGAGCAUGACUUCUAACCUGAACAGGUUCUUCACCAUGUGUUGUAUUAAUAUCAGUGUUUUAUCAGUAUCAGUGGUUAACGACUGUUUGGUUUUGUUUGUUUGUUGCUUUUUGGGUCUUUGAGGUGAAGAUAAUAAAAGUUGUUUUUGUCUUU